AUAACUUCAGCGAUGAGACGGAGGAUGUUUUUCCUCAGCGCUCUGCUCUCUGCAGCUGCAGCGUUUUGCCGCAACUCCUCAAGCCACAGCUCCGUUCGGAAGAAUGGUGCUUCUGGUCUUCUCUCUCAAGAAAUCUCUCCUGCCCCUGCCCCCUCAGCGUCGUGGGUCUCCUCCCACCCCAUCCUCACGGCCUACUCAGGUGACGAUGCUGCUGCUGUGGGCGGAGCUCUGUCUCCUAUAACCUGAGGGACCCGGUAGUUCCCUGCGCAGAGGGGCUCCAACCACUCCACCUGUGAACUAUGUGUUAAAAGAAACUAAGGAUGUGAACUUUCUCCUGAUUUGAUGAAACCAUCCACCAACCUUUCUGUGAGCUGAUAAAUGUUAAGCCACGCCGACUUUCCAAAGCGAGCCAUUAACUACUAAAGCUCAGAAGUUAAUUGCAAAAUCAGAUUCUUACAUGUGAUUCGGGAAAUUAUAUCUUAGGUCAUUGUUUCUGUAAAUGCAGAUCAAAACUUUGUCUGAUUGGCUCAAAAGAUAGGUCAUCUAAGCGAUCUAAGAAGUCUUCAACCAUGGCUACAAAUGCCACCAUGGAAGCAGCAGACAUUGUUGUCAUCGUAAUUUACUUCAUCCUGGUGCUGGGGAUCGGCUUCGCGGCAAUGCGAAAAUCCAACCGAGACACUGUGAGCGGCUACUUCCUGGCUGGUCGCUCCAUGAACUGGUUCGCCGUGGGAGCGUCUCUCUUCGUCAGCAACAUUGGAACUGAGCAUUUCAUUGGACUCGCCGGGUCAGGGGCCGCUAGCGGGUUUAGCGUGGCUGCGUGGGAAUUCAACGCUCUACUGCUGCUUCAGUUACUGGGUUGGGUGUUCAUCCCUGUGUACAUUCACUGUCAAGUCUACACCAUGCCAGAGUACCUGUGCAAGCGUUUCGGAGGGAAGCGCCUGAAAGUGUAUUUUGCGGCUUUGACUCUGGUGCUUUACAUCUUCACCAAGUUGUCUGUGGACCUCUAUUCGGGUGCCUUGUUCAUCCAGGAAUCCUUAGGGUGGAACCUUUAUGUUUCCAUCAUCGUCCUCAUCGUCAUGACAGCUGCGCUGACAGUCACUGGAGGUCUGGUCGCUGUCAUCUACACAGACACAGUCCAAGCAAUUAUGAUGAUCGUCGGAGCGCUCUGUCUGACAGGCAUCGGCUUCGCCAAAGUCGGAGGCCUUGAAGGGCUAAAAGAAAAGUACAUGCAGGCCAGUCCAAACAUCACUGCCAUUCUUCUGUCUUCACCUAAUCUGACAUAUUCUGAAUCCUGUAAGCAUCAUCUCCACCCAAAAGCAAAUGCUCUGAAAAUCCUGAGAGGCCCAAAAGAUCCAGAUCUGCCCUGGCCUGGUUUCUUGCUGGGUCAGACGCCUGCCUCAAUCUGGUACUGGUGUGCAGAUCAGGUGAUCGUACAACGAGUUCUGGCCGCAAAGAACAUUGUUCAUGCCAAAGGGUCAACCAUCAUGGCAGGUUUCCUCAAAACUCUCCCCAUGUUUGUCAUGGUCAUGCCAGGGAUGAUUUCCAGGGUCUUAUUUACUGACCAGUUGGCGUGCAUCGGCCCAGACCACUGCAUGCAGGUGUGCGGUUCUGCCGCCGGCUGCAGCAACGUGGCGUACCCUCGCCUCGUCAUGUCGGUGAUGCCUGUCGGACUUCGCGGCUUGAUGAUGGCGGCCAUGAUUGCUGCUUUGAUGAGCGACUUGGACUCUAUCUUCAACUCUGCGAGCACCAUAUUCACGCUGGACAUUUACAAAAUGCUGCGAAAGGACACGUCGCCCAAGGAGCUGGUGAUAACCGGCAGGCUUUUUGUCAUCCUUAUGGUGGCCCUCAGUAUCGCUUGGGUGCCGGUUGUCAUCGAAAUGCAAGGGGGACAGAUGUUUUAUUAUAUCCAAGAGGUGUCUGAUUAUUUAACGCCCCCUGUGGCAGCGCUAUUCCUGCUCGGUGUUCUGUGGCAGCGCUGCAACGAGACCGGUGCCUUCUGGGGUGGAGUGGUAGGCUCUGCUCUUGGCGCUCUGCGGUUACUCUUAGCCGUAGUUUACAGAGAACCGUACUGCGGCCAGCCGGAUGAGCGGCCGUCCUUCAUCAAACAAAUCCAUUUCAUGUAUGUGGCGGCCAUCUUGUUUUGGGUUUCAGCUAUAACGACUAUCGUCGUGAGUCUCUGCACGCCUCCGCCGGAAAAACAGCUAAUCAGAACUACCACUCUGUGGGGGUUAAGGCAGAGAAUGAAGUUUAACACACUAGCAAUAGAUCAAGGUGAAGAAAACCUUAACAAAACAAACGUGACUGAAAAUGGAGGUGGUGUUGUUGGUGAAGAAACGCUCCAUAGCCACCAAACGAAGCUUAGGAGCACUGAUGGUAGAGAUGAAAACACUCAAUCGGCCAAUGGGAACAUAAUCCCAGCCCGGUCAUCACUACAGAAUGACUCGUAUAAUCUGAUAGCUGAGCCUAUGCUGGAGGGCGAGGGAGAUGGGAGAGAAGUGAAGGAUGUGGAAGAGGGGAAGGAGUGCCGUUUGGGGGAAGGAGGAGACUCUGCGAAAGUUUGUGGGGGUAUUUGUGGCCGCCGGAAGAAAUCUUCGCAGAGUCGGGUCAUUACAGCUCAGGAGCAGGAGAGGAUUGUAAAUAAGCUUCUUUAUGAACCUCCCAGAACCAGAAUCAUACUAAACACAGCACUGGUAUUGAUUUGUGUGAUUGGGAUCUUUCUUUAUUUGUAUUUCUCCUUAUAGACAGCAAAAAUUCUCUUAAAACGAGGUACUGCUCCUAAAUUUAUUCCUUAUCUCCCUGAAUUUACUGUAAUUUUAUGACACCAUGUUGUGGCAUAUAGUGCACUUACCCCACUUCAGAUAUUAAUACUUCCAAGUCAUACACAAAACUUUUUAAAAUGCUUCUCUAUCAUGAUAUUGACUAUAGUUGGUUGCUGUACAUCUUGGAGUGCUGGCAGCCGGCCUGACACCACCAGCACUUUAUAUUUUGUCACAUGCGUCUAACAACAGUAAUGUGCGUUGCUCUUACAGAUCACAGCUAAAGCAAAUCAUCUAUUUUUAAAGAUUUUCUGUACACAUUGUAAAAGCAAUUUCAUUCAGGUACUGUGUAAUUUUCUAAGAACAAAUGUAAAAUCUGAUGAUCCUUAAGGUAUUUACUUUAAAACCUACACUGAUGGAUGCAAGUGUGAUUGUCUUGAUCGCAAAACAUCAUUGUGAGCUGUAACCCAGACGAGUAGUUUUUAUUAAAAUUUCUAUUGCUCGCAACUUUUGACAUAUUUUCCAGAAUGUCCAACACAAUAAAAAUAAGACUGAAAUUAACACUAUUGAGUGUACAGGCUCUGAAAUUUAACAUUUUUGUUUAUUUUGAACAUAAGUACUUUGACUGGGUUCAGUGAAUCAGAGGAAAUGGAAAAUAUUGAAGGUUUUUGAUCCGAUGUUCUGACAGAGACUGAUUAAAUGGCAUCGAUGUGAACA